AUGCUAAAGACUACUGAGUUGACGAUAACCCAUAUUGACCGCACUGUUGAAAUUGAAUCGGGGUGUUUAAUACUUGAAAUUGACCAGCUGAAGAUUCUGGUGAAUUUUGGGACUGAACCGGACUUGUCCCUUGAUAUCUACCCCAAUUUAGAACAGAUACAAGGAAUCACACAUAUUCUUUUGUGUUCAAGUGAUAUAUCAUCUUUAGGCGGUCUAGUGCACUUGCGAGAUUUAGACAUUUCUGUGCCAAUUAUUGGAACUGUACCUAUCAAGAUUUUAGGCCGGAUUGAGAUUAUGGAAAGAGUCCAGGUCUUACAAGACUUCCAUGGUCUCUCUCAUUUUGGCAAUCGGCCCGAUGAAGUUUUUGACCGGAUUGUGCCUUUGAAGUAUAUGCAGACCUAUGAAAUAGCUGAUAAUAUUACAGUGGGACCUUUAAAUAGUGGCAGUUCAACCGGUGGUGCUAUCUGGAAAAUUCAAAAGAAUGAUCAAGUUUGGAUUGUUUGUGAUAAGGUUAACCACCGAAAAGAAGCUCAUUUAGAUGGUUUAGAUACGACUAGUAUGAAAAAAGCUAUCUGUAUAGUGGUGAACAGUGCUAAUACUAAGCUAGAACGAACUACUCGUAAAGAAAGAGAUACGGCUUUAAUGAGUAUUAUCAGAGAUACAAUCAAAAAAGAAGGGAAGGUUAUGAUUGCUACUUCAUUUUCGCAAUUACUAGAACUAACUAUGACUAUUCAUAAUGCGCAACCUUCACCACCUCUACCUAUGGCUUUGUACUCCUACUACGGUAAGAAGUACUUUGAUGCAGUUAAGACUAUUCUGGAAUGGACAGGUACUUCUGUUCUGCAACGGUUUAACCAAGAGAAAGAGAAUCCUUUUAACUUAUUGCGCUUGGAGUUCUAUGAUGAAUGUGUUUCUGAAAGACUUGAUGCCCCGAUUGUCUUUGUGAUUGAUAAGUAUGGUGAUUCUGGGUUUGCCCCAAUUGUUCUGCCUAUUAUUGCUAAAUCAUCAAGUAAUACGAUUAUUCAGACAACACCUAGUUUUGGGUACAGCAAGAAGUUCAGUAUUUGUCCGAUUAAGUAUACGCGACUUUCAGAUAGUGAAAUCAAAAAGCAAGAUAAGAUGUCCAAAAAAGAACAAGAAGAAGAAGAGACUCAGAAGAAAAUAGAUGAUUUGGUUAAGCAAAAGAUAGAGGAUUCCUCAGAAGAAGAGGAAGAUCGUGGCCAGAUUCUUUGCAAGUUCUGGCACCAAAUCCAAGAUGAAAUUGAUACGACAGAAAAAGAACAAAACUAUAUCGGCUACGAUCUAGAAGGUACGAUCAAUGACUUAAUGUUUCCCAAUCCUUCCCGGCGCAAACCAUCCGAUGAGUAUGGUGAACCUAUUUUCAUUCGCCAUCAUAAAGAAGAGGAAGAACAAAAAGUAGAGAUAAAGCCUGAGAUUGUGAAGAAGAAAGCUUUCAAAAUCUUUAUCAAAGAAAAGAAGAAUAUCUCUAUCAAAGCUAAAAUAGAAACAGUUCUCUUUACUGGUGAAUGUGAUAUUUAUAAUUUCAAAGGUUUAUUGGCUGGAGCUGAAACGGACCGUAUCAUUGUUUAUGGUCAAAAUCCAGAUAAGAGAAAAGUCCUUACGGCCUAUCUUAUGUACACCAGUACGGCCCCAACCGUUCAAGAACUAGUCACUUCCCAGGAAGUUUAUGCUGUUCGACAUACUUUACCCGUUAAAAUCCAAAAGGAUCUACUUCUUCAAGUCAACAUGCAGCCACUGGGGACGUGUAUGAUUGGUUACUUCCAUGGUAAGAUUGAAAAGGGUAAGAAGGCCCUACUUCUUCUACCUACGGCUGAGGAGAACCAGGAAAAAGAAGGAAUGUGCAUUGGUACUAUUCGCCUCAAAGACCUUCGUCAAUUAUUCAUUGAAGCCAAGAUAAAGUCGGAAAUUAUUGAUAACAAACUUAUUGUUAAUGAAAACAUCUUCAUUUAUUUUGAUGGUAUCUAUCUUAAAAUUGAAGGAGAACUCUCUAAGGAGUUCUAUACUGUCCGCAAACUCCUUUCCAAAAGUGUUGCCUUCCUUAAUACCUAA